GGUUUGUCUGAAGGUGAUGACGUAUUUUUAGCGCGCCUCGCCUGCCUAAACCGAGAGCGGAUGUUGUGGUGGUAAACUGUAGCUACUCUACGCGCUCAUUACCGCUAAUUUAACGGUCGUGAUGUCUCAACAAGCACAACAGACGCUGCCCUCCGCCCCUGACUCACCAGCCCUGGUGGUCUCCGGUAACGUGCAGAAAUAUGCUAUAAAGAAGAAAAAGGUCCUCAGUGCCGAAGAAAGUGAGCUGUUUGAGCUCACUCAGGCUGCAGGCAUCACUGUGGACCAGGAGGUCUUCAAGAUCAUAGUGGACCUGUUGAAGAUGAACGUGGCUCCUCAAGCGGUCUUCCAGACUCUGAAGGCGAUGUGUGCAGGCCAGAGGGUUGUUGAAAGCGGCGGCGGCGGCGGGGAGUCUUCAACCGUCUCCCACACAACUAGCAUCAACACAGCGCCGACAGAAGCCAGAGAAGAGGACUCUUUGGUUUCUGGAAAGAGCCCUAAGCUUCCCGCAGCUCCCCCCGCAGCGUCUGGCCCCAGAGCUACAAGGGUCAACACUAAGAUUGUUGUCUACGGCCCCCAAGACGCUAGCUCUCCUCACUCUCAAGUGCGCAGUAAAGCCGGAGCGAGCCACGCCGACAAGAGCAGAGAAGCUUCCAGCCAGCGAGUGCAGCGGCAGUCCAGCGCCACCAGAGGGCAGAAGACCAAGAGCUCCGGCAGCAGCAGUUCCUCCUCACAGAUCAACUCCACAUAAGAUUCAAAUCAGCGUGAGACUGUCUGUAAAUAUGUAGUUUUUGUUACAUUUAAUUUAUGUGUACGCUUUAAUGUCUUAGCUGUUUUAAAGGGUCGGUUCACCUAAAUUACAAAUGUUUUAGUGUGAAAAAUGAUCUACAGAACUAUUCACACUGAAGCCUGUGAGAGGAAACAGAUAUCUUAAACCCUUAUAAAAUAAAAUACCUGCAAGUGUAAGUGAGGAAAUAUUUCUUUUGUAAUGUGGGUAAACAAGUCCUUUUAAAAUAUCCAACAUAAUGUAA